CAAAAGCACUCACUCUACUUACUCUGCUUAAAAAUCCCAAGAGAUCCUUCUGUUUAAGUUUGCUCUUCUCCCUCUCUCUGCGUUCUGCUACUAUCUUUCUACCUUAUCCCUUCUCUGCCCCUAACAAACUCUCAAGUUUACCAAUUCAAACCAUGAGAGAAGAAGAGAGAGCCAUUUUAUCCUUCCAGACGUUACCAAACCUAAAAACCUCACACUCUUCACUCUCUGAAACCACGCACCACCGCGAACCUCUGUGGAGAAACGCGCAAUUCAGUUGCAGAAUCCGGAGUGGUGGCAAUAAUGGAAGUUUUGGCAAUUUUGCUUCAGUUUCAAUGGCGGAGAUGAAGGAAGAUGGAAGAAAUGAGUUUGCACCGAGUUCGGCUCAGCUAUUGAAGUAUCCGUUAGCAAUACUGGCUUAUGUGCCAAGAGAUGCUGCCAUUUUUGCCGCUGGAGCUGUCGCUGGUGCCGCCGCGAAGACUGUCACGGCUCCGCUUGACCGUAUAAAGCUACUCAUGCAGACUCAUGGAGUGCGGGCCGGGCAAGAAAGUGCUAAGAAGGCAAUUGGUUUCAUUGAGGCAAUAGUGAUGAUAGGGAAAGAAGAAGGAGUUAAAGGGUACUGGAAAGGAAACCUUCCUCAGGUGAUUCGGAUCAUACCUUAUAGUGCUGUCCAGCUCUUGGCUUAUGAAACUUACAAGAAAUUGUUCAAGGGAAAGGAUGGUGAGCUUUCAGUUAUUGGCAGACUUGCUGCAGGUGCUUGUGCAGGCAUGACAUCUACUUUUGUAACAUAUCCUUUGGAUGUCCUGAGAUUACGCUUAGCGGUUGAUCCAGGCUAUCGCACUAUGUCUGAGAUUGCAUUGACAAUGUUACGAGAGGAAGGAGUUGCGUCAUUUUACUAUGGUCUUGGGCCUUCUCUUCUUGGCAUUGCUCCAUAUAUUGCUGUCAACUUUUGCAUUUUUGACUUGGUGAAGAAGUCAUUGCCGGAGAAAUAUCAACAGAAGACUCAGUCAACUCUACUGACAGCUGUGGUGUCUGCAGCUGUUGCAACACUCACGUGUUAUCCUUUGGAUACAGUAAGAAGACAAAUGCAAAUGAAGGGUACCCCUUACAAAUCAGUUUUGGAUGCCUUUCCAGGAAUCGUGCAGCGUGAUGGAGUUAUAGGCUUGUAUAGGGGUUUUUUGCCCAAUGCAUUGAAGAACCUUCCAAAUAGCAGCAUUAGGCUUACCACUUUUGAUAUCGUGAAGCGUCUAAUUGCAGCCAGUGAGAAAGAGUUUCAGAGAAUUGUGGAGGAAAACCGCCAUAAACAAAGCCAGGACGCCAGUAAUGAACCAUCCUGAUAAUGGAUUUCUUUGUACUGUUAUGAACCGUUAUGGUUCCACUGUAUUUUUGUUGCAGGCCUCAUCUAGCGCUAGAGGAACAUGUUCGUGCAGGAAUUAUGAUUUUGGCAAUUGCAUGCCUGCAUGAUUUGCUAGGAUUCUUAGCUGCCGGUAAGUUUUGCUGGGGCUAUUGUUUUCGCAAGAUGGUUACGUGCUAGUCAGGGUAGCUUAUAAUAUAGGCCCAGUCGAUUUGUUGUAUUCAUUGCAUCAUCAAAUGAAAAAUAUUUUGUGUAAUUGAGGAUCUUAGAUUCAGGCUUCCUAACAGAAGAAACUGCUGUCUUUUUUUAAAUCAGCGGAAACGACUGUCUAAAAACAGAAUUUACUAAAUUUGAUAUGUAAAUACAUUGUUAGCCUAAUAACUUUCUUAAUUCGAAUUAAUACUUUGUUA